AUGGUGCUGGCAAGACAUUGUGUUCAUCUUGGUGCUCUAACCUCUAGAAACACUUGCGCAGCUUUAGACAGCAACCUGCUCGUAAGUGGUGAUGCAGGCGCCUACAUUAACAAUUACGAUGGCCGCAAUCCGUUGGGUAUCCAACCCAAUGGGCAGAGAAGCCAGAACUACUUUCUGCUAAUUGGCGACUGGGGGCGAGCUGACUCUCCUGGCCCCUGCCAGCGUGCGGUGGCAGACCACAUGAAAGCCUAUGUUGCCCGUCAGCAACAGCAAGGGAAAAAGUUGCUCUUUGUCGCCUCGGUUGGUGACAACUUUUACUGGAGCGGUGUCACACCAGGAGCUUGGGAGAAGUCUUGGUCUUCACUCUAUGGCACAAAUGACCCAGGCAGCCCGCUACACCAGGUUCCGUGGCUGUCCGUUCUGGGAAAUCACGACCUUGGCAACGACGAUCCAUAUGCCGCGUGCGCAGACCAAAUGCAGGCUCCGCUUGCGAUGGUCAAUGGUCAGCGAUACGGUUGCCAGCAGUUUAACGCGGACAAGAACCCGAACAGGCCAGCCGACACUCGGUUGUACUGGAUGCCUGACUACAACUACCACUACGAGAUCCCAGAAGCUGACCUAGAGGUCAUCGCCAUCGACACGAAUCAAGUCGAUAUCGAAGGCUUCGGCGGCGAUUCUGGAGGAGCUUGGAAAAUGGGCAGUGUAUGUGGAGGCCAGGGAAACGUGGAGAGCUUCAUGCAAAGGGUGAACCAGGCAGGUCAAGAGCUACUUCGUCAACGUGCAGCGCAAGGUACUGCCAAGACCGUCCUGAUCAUGCAGCACUACCCGGGACAAUGUCAGAAGGACAUUUUCCUUUCGGCGCUGCGGCCAGGCCGCGAGGUGAACGUCAUAUGCGCGUAUGGCCACGACCACACUCAACGCUGUGAUGGAAGCGACGGCAACGGGCAGUGCAACAUGAUCCUCACAGGCGGUGGGGGCGGUUGCUGCGCCGGAGUCAUCAGUCGUGCAGGCUUCGCUGCCAUCAGCCUAUCUGAUGAUGGAGGAUUUGUGUCCGACGUGCAGUCCGGCGACGUCGUCGUUCCAGAUGGUACCUGUUACUGGCGCCGGCUCACAUUGUCCGACUAUGUUUGA